AUGGAUUUAUUUACAAUAAUUUCAAAAUUAGAAAAUAAUCAAUAUACAAGUAUUGAAGGAUUUGAAAAAGAUAUUCGUCUUAUAUUUCGCAAUUGUUAUAUAUAUAAUGAUAUAGGAAGUGAAAUGCAUAUUUUAGGAGAAGAAUUGGAAUCAACUUUUAAUAAGAUUUGGACUGAAAAAAUUGAUUUUCAAGUUAAACAAAAAGGAAAUUUAAAAAGAACACGAAAUAAUGAUACUGAUUCAUCUUCUGAACUUAUAACAAAACAAAUUCGAAUUUUAGAACAAAAUAAAGAUAAAUUAGUAUAUAGACAGGUUGUGAAUGAUGCUCUUCUUAUCACUUCAGCAUAUGAAAAUCUUAUUGCAAAUAAUAUUUUACCUUUUAUUGAACUUUUAAAAACAUUUUUAUUAACAAGAUCACAAAUAUCAUUAUCUUCUGCAAAUGAACCUGUUCUUCAGGCAAUUGUUGAAAAUCUUUUACCAUUAAAAUAUCGUAUUCCUGAAUUAUCAUUAGUAAUGGAUGGUACAAAAUUAAAAGGAUUUGGCCAAUUUGGAUAUUCAGAUAUUUUUAUCUUAAAAGGAAUAGGAAAUAAUAAUAUUAGUUUAGAAUUAAAAUAUAUUUCAUUAGUUGGAUUAAUUAAAAAAAAGAAGUUUAAUACAAAUGAUUUAGAAAAUUUAGAUAAAAUUAUUGAAAAAGAAGAUGAAAAAAUUCUCUUAAAAAGAUCAUAUGAAUAUUGGUCAAAAGAACAUAAUGAAACUAAAAAAGUAACUAUAGAAGAAGUAUUAAAUAAUGGAAUUAAACAAUUGAAAUCAUAUAUGAAUAUUAUUUCAAAAGGAAAAUCAAAUGAUUAUUAUAGUUCAGGAAUAUAUGAUAAAAGAAUUAAAAUAACUAAAUCAAAUCCUAAUAAAUUAAAAGGAUUUGUUAUAUUAGUAAUUGGUUUUCGACGUAUUUUAUGGAAAUCUGUUGAAGAAAUAACAUCUAAUUAUUCAUAUGAAAAAAUUUAA